AUGAAACACCAAGAAGUGAGCGUUGAUUAUUGGACAAUGGUAAAGACCAUGUUUUCCUAUGGAGCUCUGACUGCACUUUGUUGGAUUAUGUUGCGUCUUUUCCACACCGUGUAUACAAUGCCUAGGCGAUUUCGCUCGCAACAGGAAAAUAUUCAGCAUACCUUACAGGAACUUCAAAAGCGGUUUCCGGAUUUAAAUAUUACCGAGGAGGAUUUAAAUAACGCUGAAAAAGAACUUGAACAAUUCACCAAAGAAACAGAAAUUGAUGGCAAAAAGGAAAUCCCCAUCGAUAAAAUACCCGAAAUCGUAGAACCUGCUUCUGAAGAAGUCAAGAAAAAUAUUUAA